AUGAAGCGACAAUUUGACGAAAUUGAUUCUUCUCAGCAAGCGGACAUUUUUAAAUCAAUCGUGCGCGACGCGCAGAAGCUGUCGCUGCGCAUGAACCACCGCGGCGCCUGCGCCUGCGACAAUGACACAGGCGACGGCGCGGGCGUGCUCACUGCCAUCCCGCACGCGCUCUACUCGCACGAGUUGCGGGAGCAGCAGAACGUGCAGCUGCCGGCGUUCGGGCGCUACGCCACGGGCAUCUUCUACCUGGACAAGACGCACCACCGCGAGAGCGAGGCGGCGUUCGAGCGGCUGGCGGGCGAGUGCGCGCUGCGCGUGCUGUGCUGGCGCACCGUGCCCACGGACGGCGCGGGCAUCGGCGACGUGGCGCGCAACAGCGAGCCCUUCAUGCGCCAGGUCUUCGUCACCGGCGACCAGCCCGACGCGCAGCUCCGGCACCAGGUGUUUGUGCUGCGUAAACGUGCCACCCAUACUAUCCCACGACCUGGAGCCCGUUUCUACAUCUGCUCCCUGUCACUACUCACUGUUAUAUACAAAGGGCAGCUCACAGCAGACCAACUGUGGACAUACUUCCCAGAUCUGAGGUCACCUAACUACGACACAUACCUAGCUCUGGUUCAUACGCGGUUUUCUACCAACACUUUCCCCAGUUGGGAGAGAGCUCAUCCUCUGAGAUAUCUGGCCCAUAAUGGAGAAAUUAAUACAUUGCGAGGAAAUGUAAACCUCAUGAAGGCACGUGAAGGAGUGAUGAAAAAUGAUGAAUUUGGUGAUGAAUUGAAGAAACUUUAUCCUGUUGUGGAGCCUAAUCUGUCUGAUUCUGGAGCAGUCGAUUGUGUGCUUGAGUUUUUGACCAUGGCUGGAGGCCGAACCCUGCCAGAGGCAAGCAAAAUAUAUUUUUUGUACAUGGCGGUGAUGACUAUGGUGCCAGAGGCAUGGCAGAAUGACAUUACCAUGCCCCCUGAGAAGCGCGAUUUCUACCACUGGUCUGCGUGUGCAAUGGAGCCAUGGGAUGGCCCUGCCUUACUCACUUUCACAGAUGGCAGAUAUGUAGGCGCAAUUUUGGACAGUUUGUGUUUUCACCUGGUGGGGCUCACUCGAGUGGACUGCGAAGGGGCCACUGGAACCCUUGUGGUGAAGAUAUACUUGUGUGACGUGGAUUAUACAGUGUGUGUUUGGUGUGCCCAGAGCCGUCUGAAACCUGGUCGUAUGCUGCUUGUUGACACUCAAGAGAAGAAAAUUAUCCAAGAUGUGGAGUUGAAGAUGCAUAUUUCUAACAGUCGGCCUCAUUCAUCGUGGUUGAAGGAGCAAAUUCUUCUUGAAGACUUAUGGAAAGAACAUAUAAAGAAAUUUGGUCCUUUUGAGAGUGGAACUGGUGAAGGAGAGAAAGUUGCUGUUGCAAGUGUCAAUGGUAUUAACGACAAAACUCUGGCAAGGAUGUGGGGAGGAGAUCGUCGUUUGUCUCUUUUUGCAUAUACUAUAGAGACUAUUAACAUGUUGCUACUACCCAUGAUUCAGACAAAGCAAGAGGCUCUAGGUUCCAUGGGCAAUGAUGCACCUCUUGCAUGUCUCUCCCAGUUCCAGCCAUUACUCUAUGACUAUUUCAAACAGCUUUUUGCCCAGGUGACAAAUCCACCUAUUGAUCCUUUCCGUGAGAAGGUUGUUAUGUCUUUAAUGUGCCCAAUUGGACCUGAAGCAAAUCUUCUCCAACCAUCUGAAAAGCAGUGCCACAGAUUGUUUUUAAAACGGCCAAUUUUGUCUCUAAGUGAUGUGGAAGUGAUCAAAGCUACCACUCACAGAGGGUGGAAGACCCAUGUUAUUGACAUAACUUUUGACAAAGAAGAAGGAUACAAGGGCUUUGCCACAGCCCUAGAUAGAAUUUGCAAUGAAGCAUGCAAAGCAGCACAGAAUGGCUACCAAUUGUUGGUUCUUUCUGAUCGUCUUGCUUCACCUGAUAGGGUUCCAUGCAGUACUUUGCUAGCUCUAGGUGCAACACACCAUCAUCUUAUUGAAGAAAGACAGCGCAUGAAAGUUGGCUUGAUCCUUGAAACAGCGGAAGCAAGGGAAGUCCAUCACAUGUGUGUAUUGUUGGGCUAUGGCGCCGAUGCUAUCUGUCCCUACUUGGUAUUUGAAUUGGCUCGUGCACUUCGAAAUGAAGGUGUUGUAGAUGCAAGCAUGACGGAUGACCUUUUAUUCAGAAAUUAUGCAGAGGCUAUGGACCGUGGAAUUGCCAAAGUAAUGGCAAAAAUGGGUAUUUCUACCUUACAGUCAUACAAAGGAGCUCAAAUAUUUGAAGCUGUUGGAUUGGCAGAUGAAGUUGUUGAAAAAUGCUUUAAAGGAACUCAAUCACGAAUUGGAGGUGUAACUUUCGAAACUUUAGCCAGAGAUGCCUAUGAAAGACAUUAUCUCUCCUACUCAGACUCCACCUCAGAUAUGCUUGUCUUGAGAAAUCCAGGAAAUUAUCACUGGCGCAGUGGUGGUGAAAAACACAUUAACGAUCCUUUGAGCAUUGCAAACUUGCAGGAAGCUGCAGUAAAUAAAAACAAGAGUGCUUAUGAUCGUUUCCGUGAGUCCACAAUGGAAAGCGUGAAAGCCUGCACCUUGAGAGGGCAGUUGGAACUUGUGACGUCAGAAAAUCCAAUUGAUAUUAGUCUUGUUGAACCUGCUUCAGAAAUUGUGAAGAGAUUUGCUACAGGUGAAACAGUUAUAAGUGAUGAAUUAUUUGUAGUAGUGAAAAUAAAAAAAAAGAACCUUUCUUGUGGAAUGGGGGCUAUGAGUUUUGGCAGUAUCUCUCUUGAAGCACAUUCUACAUUGGCAAUGGCAAUGAACAAAGUAGGUGGCAAGUCAAACACUGGUGAAGGAGGUAAGGUUACCAAGGACAUUGCUAAGACUCGCCAUUCUGUUCCUGGAGUUGGCCUUAUCUCCCCUCCACCUCAUCAUGACAUCUAUUCGAUAGAAGAUUUAGCUGAACUCAUUUACGAUUUGAAAUGUGCCAAUCCAAAUGCUCGAAUUUCUGUAAAAUUGGUGUCUGAGGUGGGAGUGGGAGUUGUUGCGUCUGGUGUGGCGAAGGGCAAAGCUGAGCACAUUGUCAUAUCUGGACAUGAUGGCGGCACUGGUGCUAGUUCUUGGACCGGCAUUAAAAAUGCGGGCCUCCCAUGGGAGCUGGGUGUUGCAGAAACUCAUCAAGUGUUGGUGCUGAAUAAUCUUAGGUCUCGGGUUGUGGUGCAGGCUGAUGGGCAGAUAAGAACAGGUUUUGAUGUGGUGGUCGCAGCAUUGUUGGGUGCUGAUGAAUUUGGAUUUAGUACUGCUCCUUUGAUUGUUAUGGGUUGUACUAUGAUGCGAAAGUGUCAUCUCAACACUUGUCCAGUAGGAAUUGCGACCCAAGAUCCUGUUCUGCGCAAAAAAUUUGCUGGAAAACCAGAAGAUGUUAUAAAUUACUUGUUCAUGUUAGCUGAGGAGGUUCGAAGUCAUAUGGCACAACUUGGAAUCAAAAAAUUUCAGGACCUCAUUGGUCGCACUGAUUUAUUGCGGGUUCGAGAUUCAGGAAAUCCCAAGGCAAAAUCACUGAAUUUAAGUCCCAUUUUGAGAAAUGCAUUGCACAUGAGACCUGGCACAAAUAUCAUUGCUUCAUCAGAAAGUCAGAAUUUUGAGCUAGAAAAGAGAUUAGAUAAUAAAUUGAUUGAAGCAGCAGCUCCUGUUAUUGCUGGCUCAAAAUCAAGUGUAGAUAUUGAAAUGCUAAUUAAUAAUGAAGAUCGAGCAUUUGCAUCAACAUUAAGUUACCAUAUAUCAAUGAAAUAUGGUGAUGAAGGGCUCCCUGACCAUAGUGUUAAUGUGAGUUUGAAGGGCUCUGCGGGACAAAGUUUCUGUGCUUUCAUGACGAAAGGUGUUCAUGUGAAACUGGAAGGAGAUGCAAAUGAUUAUGUUGGCAAGGGCUUAUCUGGUGGAGAGAUCAUCAUCUACCCACCUAAGGAUUCUUCCCCUGACUUCAAAUCUGAAAACAAUGUUAUAGUAGGCAAUGUUUGCCUGUAUGGUGCGACCAGUGGAAAAGCUUUCUUCAGAGGCAUUGCUGCAGAACGUUUUUCAGUGCGAAACUCAGGAGUAGUAGCUGUUGUUGAGGGUGUGGGAGAUCAUGGUUGUGAAUACAUGACUGGUGGUUGUGUUGUCAUUUUGGGGUUAACUGGUCGUAACUUUGCUGCUGGUAUGUCUGGAGGAAUUGCAUAUGUGUGGGAUAUUGAUGGUUCUUUUAAAAGCAAAUGCAACCUGGAAAUGGUGGAACUUCUGCCGCUAGAGAAUGAUGAAGAUCUCAAAUACGUGGCCAGUCUUCUUAAAGAAUUUCAAGAAAAAACUGGGUCUCUGAUUGCUGAAGAACUUUUAAAAACUUGGCCAAAACCUGCUAAGGAGUUUGUGAAGGUUUUCCCAUUUGAAUAUCAGCGAGCACUUCGGCAGAUGGCAGAGGAAGCUGCUCAGGAGAAAGUAGGAACACCUGUAAACGGCGAAGAAAUGAAGGCAGAGCAGAAAAUUAGAGAUAUAGAAGAGACAGUGGCAGAUGGAUCAAUGGAAAAGAAACGAUUAGAGAAAAUUUUGGAUAAAACAAGAGGAUUUGUUAAGUAUAAACGAGAGACUGGGAUGUACAGACCUACUGAAAAGCGUGUUAAGGAUUGGGAUGAAAUUUAUAAUUUUGGCCACGUGCGGAAGGGUCUGCGUGUUCAGGCUGCACGGUGUAUGGAAUGUGGUGUGCCAUUCUGCCAAUCUUCUCAUGGAUGUCCUUUAGGAAACAUUAUUCCUAAAUGGAAUGAUUUGAUUUUCCAGAAUAAUUGGAAAGAAGCUUUAAAUCAACUUCUUCAGACAAAUAAUUUCCCAGAAUUUACGGGCCGGGUCUGCCCAGCCCCAUGUGAGGGUGCCUGUGUGUUGGGCAUCAGUGAACCUCCUGUUACAAUUAAAAACAUUGAAUGUGCCAUUAUAGAUCAUGCAUUUGAACAAGGUUGGAUCCAACCUGAUGUACCAAAACACAGAAGUGGCAAAAAAAUUGCAGUGGUGGGCUCUGGUCCAUCAGGACUUGCUUGCGCUCAUCAGCUGAACAAGGCUGGACAUUUGGUGACAGUAUUUGAGCGAAAUGACAGAAUAGGAGGAUUAUUGCGUUAUGGCAUUCCGACCAUGAAACUCUCAAAGGAAGUUGUUCAACGUCGUGUCAACUUGAUGGCAGAAGAAGGCAUAGACUUCAAAACCAACAUUAAUGUUGGCAAGGAUAUUUCAGCCAAGGAUCUGUAUGAGGAGUUUGAUUGCUUAGUUUUGUGUACCGGUGCCACUUGGCCCAGGGAUCUACCUAUUCCAGGAAGACAGUUGGAAGGCAUUCAUUUUGCAAUGGCCUUUCUAGAAAGUUGGCAAAAGAAACAAAUGGGUAACUCUAUUGAGCUUCAAGGGCUGUUGGCUAAAGAUAAGGAUGUGAUCAUUAUUGGAGGAGGGGACACAGGCUGUGAUUGCAUUGCAACUUCACUCCGUCAAGGAGCAAAAUCCAUCACCACAUUUGAAAUUCUUCCUGAGCCUCCUGCACGUCGAGCGAAAGAUAACCCUUGGCCUCAGUUCCCAAGAGUCUUCAAAGUUGACUAUGGUCACGAAGAAGUAGAACUCAAGUUUGGCCGUGAUCCGAGGCAAUUCAGCACAUUGAGCAAGGAAUUUAUUGAUGAUGGAAAUGGUCAUGUUGCUGGUAUCAGAACUGUUCUUGUCAACUGGACAAAAGAUGACACAGGUCGUUGGAAAAUGGAUGAAGUACCAGAUUCAGAAAAGGUGUACAAAUGUGACCUCGUGCUUCUGGCUAUGGGUUUCUUAGGACCAGAAAAAUAUAUUGCAUCCGAGCUAGACUUAAAUUUGGAUCCUCGAGGAAAUUACGAAACUUCAAAUGGUCAAUAUUCUACAUCGGUACCAAGAGUGUUCUCAGCUGGAGACUGUCGGCGUGGGCAGUCUCUAGUGGUGUGGGCUAUAUCAGAAGGUCGACAAGCUGCCCGGGAAGUUGAUGCGUUUCUUGCAGGGCAGUCUUCUCUUCCCGGCCCUGGAGGAGUUAUCACCACCCUGGUUGCAAGUCAGAAGGGAUAAAGAACGAUCCUAAGGGCAGAAGGUAAUAUUGAGUUGGCAGACCCAGGUUGAGGAGGAUUGCCAAUCAUUUGCAUUUAAUGAAAAAUUGAAUUGUACAGUUAAGUAGGAGUAUUAUAACUAUUGCCUCAUAGGGCAAAAAUUGUGGUAUGUCUUUUGUUUCGUUUGUUGAUAAAUGAACACAUGUAGGAGUGAAAUGAAUUUGUGACUGUCAUAAUGUUUCAUUUCUCGGUUGGUUUGUGAUUAAAUGAAGAUCUGAUGUAUAAAGUUAAUGUAAUGUAUAAAUUCAUUACAUGUAAUAUUUCAAAAAUGUAGCCUUUCAUGAUCUUAUUGUGUGUGGUAUUUUUUUUUUGUUUUUUUUUUUGUUGUAAUAAAAGUGAAAGACUUUUUAUUAACUCUGUGGUUCAGUAUGCCAAAAAUUAAAGGUUAGUAACUAUCUCAGUCAAGGCUGAAGGGAUCAAAACUUCCUAGGAGAAAAUACUUUUUUGUCAGAUACUUCAUAAUGUAGACUGAUACGUAUAGUUUGAAUUCUGUAGAAUUUUUGUUAUUCAUGACAAUGUCAAAUGUUUGAAAAUGUUUUGCCAAUUUGUAAGGCAUGUUCUAUAUUGCUAUGUAUUAUAUUUUAUAUAUUAAUAAUUUUUGUUAUUCUCUUCUUUAAAUUUUAAAUCUAUGUAGUGAUUGUACAAGGUGUGAUGUUUGAACCCAAUUUUAGAAGGGGUCUGUGCCAUUAAAAAUUAUGGUUGUCUGUUGCCAUAAAAUGAUUGAGACUUCUUUAAAGACUACUAUAUAGAACUAUAAAGAUGUAGAUGCAAUUUAUUUUUGCUUGAUAACAAUGCCUUAUAAAAUUGUAAGAUCCAUUACUGAUGUACUAGCUAUGGAAUAAAAUGGCAUUUAAUUAUGUGUACAAAAUUUUGCUUCAUAAAACCUUCAGUAAUUUUAAGAAAGAUUGAGCAGAAUAGUGUUCAGAGACAGUUUCAUUACAUGUAAACAGUUUUAAAAAAUGAUGAAAUAUUUAUUCAUGAUCAUUUUUCUUAAUGUUAUUGGGUGCUAAGAAAAUUUGUUUCCACAUCAUACAGAUGCAACUUGAAACAUUUAUUGUUUUUUAUGUUAAUAUAACAGCACCUAAUUUUCAACACAAGUGGCAGUGACUGCCUGCCUGUAGUUAAUAAAAAAUUAUUCGAAAGAUAUAAACUUGAGGUUCCCACAGGCCGCAUGAAUCAUCUGCAGCACAGGCAGCAGCGAAUUCAUGCACCCAUUCAUUCCACAGCGUCAGUUGAGUGUCAAGGUCAAAUGACAAUGAUUUCGUCAUCAGAUAAUGAACAAGUGGUUAAUUUACCUUUAAUGCAGGAGAAAGUAAAUUCCAUGUUUCAUUGUCGUUUUUUUAGUAAUUGUGAAAUUUGGUUUUGCAAAUUUGAAGAAUAACUAUAACAAACUAUUAAAUAUUAAUGGUUGAAUUAUGGUUUUUAUUUCUCUUAAUUGUUCGUCACCCAAUUAUUGUUACAAUAUUAAUACAUGGAAGAGGCAAUUAAUGCUGGAGGUGUCAUCCUCUAGCUUUCAAUUUUUUCUUCAAACUUGUACUAACUCUAAAACAACAACAACAACAACAACAACAACAACAACAACAAAAA